AUGAAUGGAGUUUUACGUCGUACUCAUUUGAUUUUGAGGAGGGGAUAUUUACUGACAUUCCCAGUUGUUUUACCUGCUGGUUCCACAGAGAAAUUCUGUAUGAGUUUACAUGGUUCCGAUAAUUUCAAAUCUUACACCUUAACCCUUACCCAUCAAGAUACAGAAAUAGUAGAAGAGUUCAAUCUGUGGACAGUUCAAUUUCGAGUUUUAACAAUGAAACGAGAUUUGAAACCAAGAAUUGGACAGAUCAGUCAGGUAUUUAUCAAGGAUUCUAAUGAUGUUCGAGUAAAACAGUGGUUAGAUGUCCAGUCUGAAGGCUUAACCAGUCUUGAUUUCCAGUUGGCACGGGAACCGCUACUCGGAGUCUGGAAGAUAGAAGCUACGAUAGACGGUGAUCUAACAACACAAACUUUUAAAGUAGACGAAUAUGUUUUACCGAAAUUUGAAGUGACUAUUAAUCCUCCCAAGUUUUUAUUGUCCAAUUCUUCUACAGUUGAAGGUGAAAUCUGCGCCAAAUAUACUUAUGGUAAACCUGUCAGAGGUCGAUUGGAGGCUGAGAUUUGUCUAGGAGGUCAUAGGUCAAUUAAUGCACCUUGUGCCAGUAUAGUAGAGGAGAUUGAGGGCUGUUAUAGUUUUUCUGUCAAUGCUACGGAUGUUGGAUUUAGAAAAGGAUAUUAUUUCUAUAGAGCUGAAUUAAAAAUCUCGGCUGAAGUUUGGGAAGCUGAAACAGGUGUUAUGGUGAAAGAAUCUCACAAGGGACCUAGAAUUUCUUUUGACCCCCUAAAAAUAACACUGAAAGAUGAUUCUAAUAAAUUCUUCAAACCGUCUUUUCCCUACCAUGGUCGGGCGGAAGUGACGAAACCAGACGGCAGUGUGGCCCCAGGAGAAAUUAUAGAAAUUACCAUGAUCAACUAUAAAUAUGAUAUUAGAUUAUCUAAAAACUUUACCUCUGAUAAAAACGGAAUCAUUAAAUUCUCGUCAUGUCAUCAACCAUUAUCAUUCAACAUGGCGGAAUUCAGUGUUCAGGCCCGAGCUGUAGAAUAUACAGAUGAAGGUGGUGUUCCAACAUUCCGUCUGUAUAUGCCCCGAGCUUACAGUACAAUCAAACAAUGGUUCUCACCUUCCAAAAGUUUUAUACAAAUACCUCAGAUUAAUCAUACUGUUAAAUGUGGAGAGGAAGUGACGUUAGAUAUACCAUAUACUACAACUUUAGAUUCUUACACCCUCUUCCACUACCAGGUGAUGUCUCGAGGAAAGAUGCUCCAUACAGGCCAUAAAGAACAUCAUUUCUUAAAACACGAUAAAACUCAGAUGUUAGAUGUACCCCAGGAGGAAUGUUUGAUUCUAGAAGUUGAAAAUCGUGUCCCAACCUCACCCCCAACACCAACUACAACAGUUCACGUUGACCCCACCCACACUACUUCAACUUUUGCCCGACCCUCCCCUCCUACUCCUCCCACCCCCGGGCUUGAAAAGUUAAUCGAAGAACCAUUCCAGCCAGAAUUAUUUGAACCUCUUAACGAACCACUUGGCAUGCCUUUUGAGCCCCUGAAUUCACCAAUUAGAAAGAAGAGAUAUAUAAUGCCGCCAAACCAAGAAGAAAAGAUUGAAAUUUCUGAAAAUCCAUCAACACAUAUAUCUCAUGUUAAAAUAAAGUUUGUAGUCACUCCUGAUAUGGCUCCUCAUGCCAAACUAUUGGUGUAUUAUAUUCGAGAAGACGGUGAAACAGUGGCUGACAGUAUCAGUUUUAAUGUUGAAAAAUGUUUUAGAAACAAGGUAUCAAUGGAAUUUAACAAUGAUCAAGUUUUACCUGGUGCCGAGACAAUAAUAAAAGUAGAAGCAUCCCCCGGCUCGCUCUGUUCUAUUGGAGUGGUCGAUAAGAGUAUUAAUAUUCUAGGUGGAGAUCAUCAACUUACUCCAGAAAAGUUAUUAGCCGCUAUAGAAGACCUCGAUUUAUCCAAAUAUAACAAUCUGUAUAAUGAUAAUGAUUACUGUGAGAGGAAACGAAAAACAGAGAAGGAGGCCAGCGAAGGUGAAUCAAUGGAAAUGGCUGAUUCUCUUUAUGGAUGGUAUUACUACUCUUCUAAAUAUGUCGACUCCAUUCAAGCUUUCAAGAAAAUGGGUUUAAGAGUGAUGACGAAUCUUCAAGUAGAAUCCCGACCGUGUUCCUAUUCUCAUCCCGUUGUCUAUGAUUCAGUGCCAAUGCCGCUGAGUGGAGGUAUAGCAAGACAAUUUCUACCAACAUCUCGUAGAGUACCUAACUCUGCUACUCAACGUAACGUUGUCAUCAACAAUAAAAAUGUCAUCAGGAAUUAUUUUCCCGAGACAUGGCUGUGGAGUUUGGAAAAAAUUGGGUAA